CACGACUUCGGAGAUGCGGCCCAGAGAGCCGCCAGAGCCAAGGAUAAUGCUGCCGAGAAAUUUGCCGGCAUGAAGAAAUACGCCGAGCACGAGACUUCUGAUGCUCAGAAGGCUGCCGAUCAGGCCAUUCGUCAGGCCAGACAACAUGCUGCUGAUCUGAGAAAUCAGCUCAAGGAUAAGCUGAACAAGUGGAAAGUCGACACUAUCAAGACCGCCACCGAAGCAGAGGAAGCGACCCAGCACCUGAUCGACCACGCUCAGCAGAGAGUGAAGGAUGUAAGAGAGGAGACUGCCGAGAAAUUGAAGGAUUUGGAGGAUGAGGCUUCAAAUGUCAGAAAUGGAGCAAAUCAGCAGAUUGAUGAUAUUUUCGAAGAUGCAAAACAGAGAGCUAUCGGUGUAAUCAUGGAAACCGCAGAGACAAUGGCCCACCUGAAGGCAGCGGCCCAGAAUAUUAUCAUUGAUGGUAACCAGGAAGCCCUGGAUGCAGCGCUCAAUGCCCAGAAGAAGGUCGGCGACCUUAAGGACUUUACCCAGGUUAACAUGCAAGCAUGGAGGAGAGAUGCCGAAGGUAUUGCUGCCGGAGCCAGGGAUGACGCUCUACAUGCGGUUGAGGAUGCUGCCAAGAGGGCUGCUGAUCUAAAGAACCAAACCGCGCAAAAAUUGGCUGGAUUGAAGGGCGAAGCACUGAAAAUCGCUCAGCAAGCUAUUCAAGUCAUCUCACAUGCAUACGAUGAUGCCCUCAAGAGAUUAGCCGAUGUGGAAGCUCAAACUGCUGCCAGACUCGCUAACCUCCGAUCGCAAGUUUCGGGAGCACCCGGACAAGCUAGCCAGGAUGCCCUUCGUGCCCUGGCCGAAGCCGAAAGGAGAGCCGCUCAGCUCAAGGAAGACACUGCCAGGAAGCUGGCUGCCUGGAGAGCUGAGUCAGAACACCUGGCUGCUCAGGCAAAGGACGCUUCAUCUAGUGUGCUAGAGGAUGCCCGCAGACAAGCCGAAGAAAUUUUGAGCCAAGCUAGAAUGACUGCUGAACAGAUCGUCGGUGAUGCUGACGCACAGGCUAGAGCUGUAAAGAUCGAAACCGAAAAGGUCGCCCAUGUCGUUGGUGACGCUCUCGAGAAGCAGGUUGCCGGUGUGCAGGACAAGGCUGGUGAACUGAAAGAUGAAGCUGAAAAGGUAUAUUGCUUGGAAUAUUGA